AAAUUUUAUUAUUUCAUUUUUUUACUAAGCACUUUUUAAAUUCUCAUUUUUAAUUCAACCUACAAUAUUGUUAUCUUAAUCCUUACUUAUUUAAAUUUUUUAUAUUCCUCUUCUAAAACUUACGCUCAAUGACCUUCCUCUAAUAUUUAACGUUUUUAUCAUUUUAUUUUAUUUUAUUUGAUGUAUUUUGGCUAAACUUUUACUUUUUUGGCACCGUUCCGCAUUCCUAUCCUUUGUACAUCAAUUUCUAGAUUUUUAGAUUUCUCACUUAUUUUACAAUCUUCUUUAUAUUUUAUACCAUGGUUUAAUUUUUAAUAAUUAAUGUGUAUAAUUGAUCCCAGCUCGAUUUUCGCAUGUGCGACUUUGGGUUGCGGGGUAUUGAGUACCGCCUACUUAGCUUCAAAUAUCGAUAAAAUUCCUCACCCAUCAGAAUGUGGUUUAAUUGGACUAUUCUAUCGCAUGACCAAUAUUCACUCACAUGAACCUUUGGAACUAACAAUUAAGCUCAAACACGUCACUUCUAGUUUUAUAAGGUCGAAAUAUUUCAUCGAAGUUGUUUCUGGGAGGUUUAAAUAUCCUACUGAAAAGUUUAGCCCCAAAAACAAUGAAAUACAUUUCGACAUUGACUUGUCGGUACAUUUACGACAGUGUGAUGACUUCAUAACAAUUAAUUUGUACAGGAGUCAUAUGCUCCAAAAUAAGCUUUGGGCGACAUUAAAAGUUACACUUGAUAAUAUUUUAAAUAUACCAAAACUAAGGAGCUAUACAAUGGAAGGAUCGCAUUUUACUAAAAUAUAUUUUUCAAUACACAGGUUCGGUUCGAACCUAGUGGACCAAUUGGAGUCUCCUUUAAAAAUGUAUGCACUCACAGAGCUACAAAACGAUGGAGUUAAGGAUGUGGAGGAAUAUAUGCUGGAGCAUUUGAAUGGUGAAACCCCGGACAACAAACAUCUCAGAUUUUAUUCGUUUGCAGUUUCAGGCGAACUCGAGAUCAUUAAUGAUUUAACUGUAUAUUAUAAAGAAUACUAUUUUAGGGCCAUUGAGCUCACUUCAGGCUACUGGGUCUGGUGUUAUUGGAAGAGCAGAGAAGAUUUCAAGAAUAAAAAAAAGGAGAAGGGACGGAUACCUAUGCUGUCAAUUGCUUUAAUUGAUAAAAAUAGGAUAGACAACCACGAGUUUUUUGUACGUUAUACAGAUAAGAACGGAUACAAACAAGAGUUUCUGGCAAAGUGUAUUAAUCGGAGCAGGGAUUCAUGGGUGGCCUGCAUGAAUGAGUUUAUACAAAUGGCAAGAACAGUGUAUUUCAAUAGUGAUAGGUACCAACGUUUGAGGAACCAACUAAACAUUGACCCUUCUGCCUUCAAGGAAGAUAUGGGCGGAUCGCCAAGGUUUAGGUUAAUCGGCGAAGGUUCUGAUUCAGACGACGAUGAUAACGAAGAGGAGGAUCCAGGAAUUGAUUCCAAUGAAUUAAAUGACAAAAUGGACGAAAAUUCUGAAGAAGAUGAUCAUAUGUACCCACACAAAUCUGAAGAUGAUUCUCAAUACGCAUCGAUGGAAAGAAACAUCCUGGAAAACAACAUAAAACUCAUGGAAUCCAAUUUCUAUAGAAAUUUUUAACAAAAAUUUAUUACAAAUUAACCAUUCGAGUUUAAUCUAGAUUUAUUUGUCACAACAACUCCAUCCGUACACACCCCGCAAAAUUGUCUAAAAUGUAUAAAUGAAGUUUAAAGUGGAAAUUAUCACUUUUGUAAAAUAUUGAUUUUAAACUUUAAUUUUUAAUUUAGUUUA